CAGUAAAGCACACUGUCUCUCCUACUCUUCGUUUCUUCUCGAUCAACUAUGUCGCGUCGUAGAGGUGGCCGGCGCAAUAAUCCUCCAUCCGAACAACCGGCGCCGGUGGCGUCAUCUCAGCGAGGUAGAGCUGGAGGCGGGCGCGGUGGCCGGGGACCAGGGGGAAGAUCUGCAGGCGUCUCCGCUCCAACUCCUCCUCCAUCUAUUCGUUCUGCUGCAACUUAUGAAGUGGGAUCGACUUCGUCUACAGUUUCUGCUUUGUCUCAAGAAAUAGAGCAGAAGCUUAAGGUGGAACCUCCGUCGGUUUCAGGGUCUGAAGUUACUCCGGCCUCGUCAAAGGCAGUCAGUUGUCCCGCUAGGCCAGGUUACGGUCGAGUGGGAACUAGGUGCUCUCUAAGAGCUAAUCAUUUUUUAAUUUCAUUUUCAGAGAAGGACCUUCACCAUUAUGACGUGUCAAUUACUCCAGAGAUUACUUCCAGAGUAGUCAAUAGAGAAGUCAUGACUCAGCUUGUUGCUUUGUAUGGCCAAACUCACUUGGGUAGACGGAAACCAGUUUAUGAUGGCAAGAAAAGUCUUUACACAGCAGGCUCAUUGCCCUUUACCUCAAAUCAGUUCGUCGUCAAGUUGGUUGAUGGUGAUGCAAAAACUGGACCAAGAAAGGAGAGGGAAUUCAAGGUGACUAUAAAGUUAGCGUCCAGAGCUGAUAUGUACCACCUACAACAAUUCUUGAGUGGCAGACAAAUGGACAGUCCUCAGGAAACCAUACAAGUUCUUGAUGUGGUUCUCAGAGAGUCACUCUCCAGAAACUAUACUAUUGUUGGAAGAUCAUUUUUCUCACCAAAAUUUGGCCAAAGGGGUGAGAAUCACGAGAUAGGUGAGGGAUUGGAAUAUUGGAGGGGCAUUUAUCAGAGUCUUCGUCCUGCUCAAAUGGGUUUAUCCCUUAACGUCGAUGUAUCAGCAACAUCCUUCUACGAGCCUCUUGAAGUAGUUGAUUUUGUCUGCAAAUAUCUAAAUGUUAAAGAUCUCUCAAGACCAAUGUCUGAUACCAAUCGCAUUAAGAUUAAAAAGGCCCUAAGAAAUGUUAAGGUUGAGGUGUUGCACAUGCAAUACAGUAAACGUUACAAAGUUACUGGGAUUACAACUCAGCCUACAAGCCAGUUGAUGUUUCCCUUGGACGAGAGUGGGAAGAACAUGACUGUGGUCCAGUAUUUCUUUGAAAAGCAUGGAAUUAAAUUGAAGUAUGCCUCCUUGCCAGCCUUACAGUCUGGAAGUGAUACAAAACCUAUUUAUUUACCCAUGGAGGUGUGCAGAAUUGUUCCAGGGCAGCGAUAUUCCAAGAAGUUGAAUGAGAAGCAGGUAACUGCACUCUUGAGAGCAACCUGUAAACGUCCCCGUGAAAGGGAGAGUAGUAUUCUACAGAUGAUGAAGGAAAAUAACUAUAACAAGGAUGAAUACGCAAAGGAGUUUGGAAUUCGGGUAACAGAUGCACUUGCAACAAUUGAAGGCCGAGUUCUACCACCACCUAUGCUCCAGUAUCAUGAAACAGGGCGAGAAACCAAGGUUCAACCGCGUGUUGGCCAGUGGAAUAUGAUUAAUAAGAAAAUGUUCAAGGGAGGAACUGUAAAUUACUGGGCUUGUGUGAAUUUUUCACGUUUGAAUAGAGACAUUGCAAUUCAAUUUUGUCAGGAGCUGGCUGGCAUGUGUACUAGUAAAGGAAUGGCUUUCAAUCCAAACCCUUUACUAAAUAUGGUUUCAGUUCGACCUGAUCAAAUCGAGAGGACUCUUGCAGAAAUUGAGAUCCAAUCCAGGAAGACACUAGCAAGCAGGGGAGUGACAGGAAAGCAACUUCAGUUGCUGAUAAUAAUUUUACCUGAUGCUAGUGGUCAUUAUGGAAAAAUAAAACGAGUGUGUGAAACAGAGUUGGGAAUGAUUUCUCAGUGCUGCCAGCCACAGAAAGCUGGAAAGCUCAGCAAGCAGUAUCUAGAAAAUGUUGCUCUCAAGAUCAAUGUGAAGGCUGGGGGGCGGAAUACAGUUUUAGUUGAUGCCGUAGAAAGAAGAAUUCCCCUUCUUACUGAUCGCCCUACCAUUAUCUUCGGUGCUGAUGUAACACAUCCACCUCCGGGAGAGGAUUCAAGCCCUUCCAUAGCAGCAGUAGUUGCUUCAAUGGACUGGCCAGAGGCAACGAAGUACCGGGGGCUGGUUUCUGCUCAGGGUCCUAGGGAGGAGUUGAUCAAGGAUUUAUAUAAAGUUGUUCAAGAUCCUCAAAAGGGUGUAGUUCAUGGAGGAUUGAUUCGGGAACUACUGAUUUCUUUUAAAAGAUCAACUGGGCUAAAGCCUGAUAGGAUCCUUUUCUAUAGAGAUGGCGUUAGUGAAGGACAGUUCAACCAGGUUUUGCUUCAUGAGGUAGAUGCCAUCAGAAAGGCUUGUGUAUCAUUGGAGGAGGAAUAUCUACCUCGAAUGACAUUUAUCGUAGUGCAGAAAAGACACCAUACACGGUUAUUUCCAGCAGAUCACAAUAAUCGUGAUCUUACUGAUAGAAGUGGCAAUAUUCUCCCUGGUACUGUUGUGGACACUACUAUUUGCCACCCUACAGAGUUUGAUUUUUACCUCUGUAGCCAUGCUGGAAUACAGGGUACUAGCCGGCCCACUCAUUACCAUGUCUUGUUGGAUGAGAACAAAUUCAGUGCUGAUGCCCUGCAGACACUAACCAACAAUUUAUGCUACACAUAUGCAAGGUGUACUCGGUCAGUGUCAAUAGUCCCUCCUGCGUACUACGCACAUUUAGCGGCAUUCCGUGCCAGAUAUUACAUUGAAGGGGACUUAUCCGACAGUGGGUCUUCUGGUGGAGAUAGAAGCACGAGGGAGAGGAGUGGUACAGUUCGGUCUAUUCCUCAGAUAAAAGAAAGCGUCAAAGAUGUCAUGUUUUACUGCUGAGUUGAGAGCAGCUUUCUUUCGAGUGCCUUGAGUUACUGUCUUUAUGUCGGGGCCGGGGGGUGAGCUUUGUUGCUCAGUUGGCUCUAUUUUUUUUUUUUGUCUUUUUCUGAAAUACUUGCCCAGUUGUGCUGUUCACGGAGGAUUAAUGAAAUAAUGUGCUUUUAUA